AUGUGCCCGGAAUUUCUCUUUGAAGAUGGAGAAAUUAAUAUUCUCAUAAAAUCUUGUUUAAAGUGUUUAAUAUUGUAGAAUUUAUCGCGAUUUAAGUGUACCAUAGUAACAACGUCGGAUAACAGGCCGUUUAAACCUGUUUAAUUUGUAAUAUAGUGAUUUUCCCCGUAAUAAUAUUAAAUAAACUAUAGAAAUUUAUAGUUUCCCUAAAUUUUAGUCCUAAUGUGUAAUCAAACACACAGUACAACUUUCAUCUCAAUAAAUGUAAAAUAACAAUCAUAUCAACCUGUUAACUAAUGUAUAAUUAAGGUAGAAGAAUGGAGUUUUCUAAGGGUAAGGAUUUUUUCGCGAAAAAAUUCGAGUUUUUACAAAAAACUGGGCUUAAGGGGAUAGAUAAAGUACUCGGAGAACAAAGUAAUUUAAUACCCAACGCCACUACUGCCAAUCAAGUUAACACAGCCAGCUCAGUAAGUAAUAUUAAUGCUACGAAUGAAGUGGAGAAUAAGGACCCGAAUGUUGGUGCUGUUGAGGGUGAGAAUGUGCCUCAGGAGGGAACCGCAGGAACUCCAGAGGGUAAUGAGAUAAAGGAAAACUUUGACGAUGAUUUACUUUGGAGUAAUCAGUACACGUAUGAUGCCUUUAUUGACUCGUUGAAUACUCAGUACGAAGAACGAGGAACUAACAUGCAGGAGAAGAGGCAUUGGAGUUAUCCAAGACGAUGGAGUGUGAAGUUGUUUAAUCUUAAAAUUGUUAAUUUGUUACCUGAGAGUUUAAGUUGUUUUGCAGAGUUUGAUUUUGGCGGUACAAGAGAUGAGUGCAGAGUCCAAAUCGGUAGCUCCAACUACAUUCUAAGCAGAGGAAAGAGUAAGAAUUAUAUAAGAACACCUGUUCUAAAGGACAUUGAGAAGGAUCAGACGAGGAGUUUCCAGUGUUCUCACUCAUUUGAGUAUCGUGGGAGUUACCUGGACUUGGAAAAUGAAAAGCUAAGAAUUAAACUUUGGAGCUGUAAAAAGUACACAGUAAACAGUCUUGUAAGUAUUUAUGACCAAUUCCUAAUCAAGUUUGCUGAAGGUGAUGAACAUAUAGAAAUCCCAAUGUACAAGUACAUUGAUAACCAGAAGAAGUUAACCUGUAACUUGUCAUUUAACUUAUUUUUCCAAGAACUCUACGACUUUGAAAUUAACUUGAUAAAUUUUAAAAUUAACAACGCCAUUUCCACGUAUUUUCUCUUCAAUUAUCUACAACUUCAUCUUUCCAAACUUAGUGAUACGGAAAAUAGUAACACUGUGAGUAACAGGGAGGGUACGAAUAACUAUGUGAAUGAGUGGAAUUUGUUGGAUAAAAUGAGGUAUAGUAUUUUUAGAACAAAGAUGGAACGGAAGAUGAAGAAAAUCAAGGCUAACAAGAAGAAGGAAAAGGAAAAGGAACAACAAGAGGACGAUAGUAGUGACGAUGAUUUCGAUGAAGACGAUCAAGAGGAUAAUCAGGAAUCAGGUGACUCCACUACAAAUGUUGAACCACCAACUACGGACCCCCACUCAACACAACCAACACAAUUACCUCAACAGUCACCGCAACAGUCACCGCAACAGUCACAAAAAACCUCGAAAAAAAAGAAGAGGAAGAAAAAAUCCAAGGCUGGAGUGGGUUACAAGAGUACAGACGAAGACAAGGAAAAAAAGGAUAAAGAGACGACGUUAACAUUCCAAAGUGACAACAACGAGUACAUUACAAUUUUGAGAGAUAAUAUCAAGUUUUUUGUGCAGGUUGGGAAGUACGUGCCAUUUGUGUGUGAAAUUGAACCCUGGCCCAGAUUAUUCAUAAGACUUAAAACUGACAGCAUGCACCUGAAGAAUAUGUCACUGUUGUCACACUCUGUGAAAAACGCAUUCAGCUGUGAGUGGGAUAACUUGGGAGAGAUAGUGUUCAGAGGUACACUGAAUGAAUUAUGUAACUCACACCUGGAAAUAAAGUUGAUGGAUUGGAGUGCGCCAAAAGCGGCAAAUUGUAUAGGAGUAGCUACAAUACCAAUGGAAUCCAUCGUAGACUAUCCCUACAUAAGUAGUAGACUGUACCCGCCAGAAUGGCUUAAACUUAAAAGUCAGUAUGAGGGCUGGAAUGAUAAAUUGGAUGAUUUGCAGCUGGGAACAGUAACUGGCACAAUGAUAGUUAACCGCAAGCCAAGAUAUAGACAACUUAGAGGUACUAACAGACCAUCAAGUUCAAGUCAUCUGCUCAUAGUACAUAUUAACAAUAUUGACCAAUUAUUGGCAAACACGCAAGAAUCUGUAGAUUCUUACGUCGAAGUUACGUUUAAUAAUGUGACUCUGAGGACUAAUUUGUGUAAAGACAUGCUGGGUCCAAAGUAUAAUGAGGAAUUGUAUAUCCCAAUCCCACCAGUGACAACUUAUGAAGAGUUAGUUGAAAUGGGCUCCAUUAAAAUCACAGUUUGGGGCUACAUUAUGGAAAAGUUAAAUUAUUUCGGGAGCUGCGAAGUAACUGUGGGUGAGGUUUACUAUAAUAAGAAUGUGCUCAGACCACUGACGAAGAAGAUGCAUAACCUGAUGGACUCAUUCAAGUAUGAAGUUACUUAUGAAACUAUUGUGUUCACGACUUCGAAGAAGCUGUAUCACUAUCAAUAUAAUGAACAGGACCAUAUCUCAAACAUUUCAUUCUCAGCCUGGUUCUAUCCCCUCAUUACUCCGUCCAGAAGUUCAGAAAUUGGGAGACUCUCCAAUCUUAACCCUAAUUUUAGACCUGAUAAUGUUAAUCCUAAUGUUAGACCUAAUAGUGUCAGAGUGAGUAAUACUGUUAGAGCGGGUAAUUCGGGAGAUUGGGAGAAGCUGAUUGAGAUUUGGAAGAACAUUUGUAUGAUUUCAAAUAAUGAAAAUUUCGCAGAGUUGUAUUAUUUUUAUGACCAGUUUGGGAAUAAAAUGUUCCCAACUAGUUUUGUACAUCCGAUACACUCACCACCGGCUGUUGACAGUGUUAAUCACAUGUUCCACUUCGUCAACUCAAUACCGUUUGUAAAUAAAAAGUUACAAAACGUUUUCACCAUUGAUUUCUUGUUAAAGUUGAAGACCGGUAGUAUCAUUGAUCAUUGUGUUUUAUUUCUCAGUUUUCUCAUUAAUUAUAAUCCCAAUUUCGAUGUCUACGCCGCCAUCGGACAACAAAAGGAUAAAAAAUUCAACGCAUUCCUCAUACAAUUUUUGAAAUCCCGGGCUGAUAAUGUUACCGAUGGUACUACUGACGGUGUUACCGACACUAUUAACGGUGUUGAACAGAAGAAUAAAUUUGACGUGAUGGUGAUGUAUGAUUUUAACAUGAAGCAUGGCAAGAAAAUACAUAUGGAGAGGGAGGUAAUGAAGAGGGAAGUGAAAAAGUCAAAUUUCCAGACGAUAAAUAUACUAUUUAAUGACAAGAAUUUAUGGUUAAAUGUGCAGAGCAGGAAGGAUAUCGCAAGCCUAGACUAUGAUAUUAAUAAUAUUAACAACUGGUACCCGUUCAUUCCAUAUAACCCUACCAUGCACAUUACUAAAGAUUAUUAUCACAAAAUCAUCACACAAAUCAACCAACACAUUAAUUCCCAUUCUGGCGUCAACACUGCUGUUAACCCCAGGGUGUGUGACACGGGCGAGAGAAUGGUGUAUUAUAUAAACUGGCACAGGAAAAAUGAGUAUGUGGUGAAUAUAAUAGAGAAUCGAAUGUUAGAGGAGCUGAAGCGUUACAUAAGUAUGUACAGAAGUGCGCAGAACUUGGUGACUAACUUCAACGCCUGUCAGAAGUUACAGGAGUUUCUAAAACGCUACAUCAUCAUGGUCCACGCCAGAGAUACGAAUCACGAAGAUAAUUUGGAAAUCAUCAAGAGUCAAAUUAGUGAAUGGAGAUCACAGCUGGAAAAUAAAAUCCCAAGAGGAUACAGAAUAUUGAUUAGGACUGUAAGGUUCAACACUAUAGACUCUGGGAACAUGUUUGACGUAAUAAAACAUAAGCUGGAUUUUCUAGAUUCUAGGGAGAGCACAAGUAUCUUUGUGGUAGCUCUGAAGAUAUUUGAAAUGUGUUCUGACCUUUUUAGCACAUACUUCCUCAUAAUGCAUGCGAAUAAGAUCGAUGAGACUCUGAGGAAUAUAAUUUUACUUCAGACUCACGUGGAGGACAAGGUGAGGAGUAGGGCACCGGAGGAUUCUGAGGAAGCUCAGAAGAAUAAAACUCUGGAGGAAUUGGCAUUUGAAAGUAAUGUUGCAGAUGUACUGUAUGAUCCUGAAGGGACUGGGAAGGCUGAUGAGGACCGACUUCAACGUAUAAGGUCGCUUAAAUCAAGAUUUAACUCUUCAAAAUCAAGAUUCACUUCUUCUAAAUCGAGAUUUAGUUCGUUUAAAUCCACGUUGGAAUUUGCCAGCGGCUCUGGAAGUCUUGUGCUGAGCGAGAACAGCUCCACUGAAUACAUCACAAUGUCAUCACGACAGUCGGAAUUCUAUGAGAAUCUAAAAGAUGAGGAAGUGCUCAAAAUGGAUUCUUACGAUUUUACCGAAAAAUCAAGCCAUAGACAUGAGAAAUCCAAACACAGAGAUGAGAAAUCCGACCACAGAGAUGAGAAAAUGAAGUAUAGAGAUGAGAAACCCAAGGGUGGACGUAGACCUGAUAGUUCCAAGUAUAGAGAUGAGUAUUCAUCAAAUUACACCUUCAGUUCUAUGAAAACUUAUACCACAAGUAGUCUUCAAGAAGCUUUGUCCAGUGGCACUUUGGUCAGCGGUUUCUCGAUUAGUAGCCUAAGCGGUAGUUCAGGUUCUAGACUUGAUACCAAUGUUCUAAGCAGCAGCACAUAUACCAACAGAUUAGACUCAGGAGAUACUUUGAAUUUAGGAGAUAGAAUAGACUUAGGAGAUAGAAUGGAUUCACGUAGUAGUUUGAAUAGAACACUGACAAGUAGUACAAUACUGAAGAAAAUCCUUACAGAUUCUGAUUUAACUAAUGAUUUUGAGAGUCACAAGACCAUUAAUGUUAAUUUGUACUUGAAAAAGAUCUUGACAAACUCGUCAAUCACAACCGAAACCAACAAGGAUAAAAUUAAAGAUACCAAGAUUAAAGAUACUAGGAUUAAAGAUACUAAGAUUGGUGAUACUAAAAAUGAGAAUACGAAGAGUGACGUUAGUGACAGUAGUAGUGAAAUAUUUAGUUCAUUGAGUUCAAUGGAUGAUACAAUGAGUAGUAGUGUUAGAGUAGUGAAUAAGAAGUUACCGCUCAAUAGUAAAAUAAUCAAGAAUAAAAAGAGUAAUAAUUCACUCAGUGAACUGGACAAAUUCUCUAAUCUCAACACACUCAAACUCAGUACACUAAGCACUGGUAACACUGUUUUACACAGGAAUGAUAAUAUCUUUCCCAGCCCAACUAAUAUCGAUCAAACUAGUUCCAGCACUAGUAAAUCCAUCACUAGUAGUGUAAUAGAGUCGAGUGGUGUAACGGAUUCGAGUAGUUUAUUUACUAGUGAUUUAUUCUCAUCAAGUCGUAGUGCCGAGAAAUCAAUUAUUCAAAGUAUCGGCAGGAGUUCAUCGAAUCGUUCUCAAGGCUUGGGAAUGGGAAGUGGAAGAGUUACAACACCGAGUCUCACAAAAUCACUUUCCAGCAGUAAUAAGCUCAGUAGCAGCGGUAAACUCACUAGUAGUGAUAGAAUUAGUUCUAUCAGUGGUAAGACUGAAAGUAUAUUUGAAAGUGAUCAUAAAUCCUUGGUUAACAGUACUCAUAGUAGACCAAGUAGUAAACUAAGUUCUGGUAGUAGACCAAGUAGCAAACUAAGUUCUAGAACUGGUGUUAGUGUGGUGAAUAGGGUUGAAAAUAGUUUAAGUAGUGGUAACAUAAACAGCAUAAUCAGAAGUAGCUCUGCUACUAGUUACACUCACAAUAACUCUGUAAACAGUUCUGUGAAUAAUUCGGCAAAUGAAUCUGUGAGUAGUAGUUCUGGGUUUGAGGAACCUACGCAUAGAAAACCUUCGUUGAGAAGUGAGAGUAUAACUAGUGUUACUAGUACGAUUACAAGUAGUUCCUUCACUUCCAAUAAUAAUUUGGAUAACUUCAAAAUUAUCAAAAACUCCUCCGAUACCAUUGGUCAACAUACAAUUAAACAUGGUCACACCUCAAUCAAUGGAUCUGGUAGUAUAUCAGUUAGUGAACAAUCUGAGGCUACUGGUGAUACGGACAGUUCGAGUAUUCGUACUAUCAUAGCAGAUGAAGAAAGUACAAGUGAUUUCUCAACUACUUCUUCAGGCACUGGGAUCUCAUCAAGCACAUUAACUUCCAGAUAUUCCAACACCUUUCUCAGCUCCAAACACACCAUUAACAUGACAAAGUCGCUAACACACGCAUACACAAACAAUUCUACAAUACAACCAGAUGACUCCAGUGCACUAUUAGAUGGUUCAAGUGUACAAUUGGAUGACUCCAGUGUGCAGGUGGAAAGUACGAGUAAAGAGGAGGAUACGGUAACGGGUAGUAAUGAGUAUGUGGAAAGUUGGUCAUCAUUGAAUGAGAAUAGCGAGAGUAGUAGUUACAGAAGUUAUAGAAGAAUUAACCCGUACAGUAACUUCCUAACCUAA